AUGUCUGAGGAUUAUUGUUGCAACAAUCCAUCAGAUGCUAUCAUUGAGCAAAUGGCCCUGGUUGAUAUUAGAAACAUGCUGCAAUCAUUGGGGAAGGAUAUAAAAUCAUUCCCUCUACCUAAGAUUGAUAACACUUAUGAUGACGCUUGUGGUGUUCCACGGGAGAUAUUCGAGGAGUCAAAUAUAGAGAGCACCGAGGAUGAUGUGGCUUUGUCGGAGUCCCUUAAUGAUGAGCAGAAGGCUGUUUAUGAUGAGAUCUUGUCAGCUAUUGAUACCAAUGAUGGUGGGUUGUUUUUUGUGGAUGGCCCCGGUGGCACUGGGAAAACAUUCUUGUAUAGGUCUUUGCUUGCCAAAAUCCGCAGUCAGAACAAGAUUGAUGUUGCGACAGCUACAUCUAGGGUUGUUGCAUCCAUAAUGCCCGGUGGGAGAAUAGCACAUUCAUGUUUCAAGCUUCCACUUACCAUUGACAGUGGUGGAUGUUGUAGUUUCACUAAACAAAGUGGUACAGUGACUCUACUACGUACAACUUCUUUGAUUAUUUGGGAUGAGGCUUCUAUGAUCAAGAAACAAGCAGUGGAGGCGUUGGACAAUAGCACGCGUGAUAUAAUGGAUAGGCCGGAUUUGCCUUUUGGUGGGAAGACUGUUGUGUUUGGCGGAGAUUUUACGUAG